ACACUUGGACAGUUUAUAGAAUGAGUUCUCGCUCAGUACUGGUUUAGGAAUUACGUGGAAAACAGAAAUGAAAAAACUCGAAAAAAAAAAAUUGGAAAUCACAAAAAAACUCUAUUUUGUGCUUCAUUCAAGAACUGGUCAAGUGUUAAGCAAUUCGAAUAAAGAAAUUGUUCGUAAUAGUAGGUUUAAGAAUUAAAAAAAGAUGGAACUUGGCCUCAAUGUAGAUGUUACUUCGAUAGACUAACUUAUAGGCUAUAACUUUGAUAGACGAACUUUUGGAAAGGGAGGAGGUUGGGACUUUUACAGACAGAUUUUUGUUCAGAAUUGGCCAUUAUCGAGAAGCCUUAUUACAAAACCAAGCAAUUGGGUAUGAUAUUAUAUUAAGGCCGGAAACUAAAAUUGAGGUGUGAGCAGAUGUGUACGGCAUAUUCAGCGUAAACGACAUUUAGGAUGAUGGAAAUGUUAUAAUAUGAAACAUGUUUUGUGUCAUAUAUAGAUCAUCGGGGUAAUAACUGUAACGGGGAGGGGUGAAGAUUAUGAUGACAAAUCACAAAAUAGCAUCAACAAAAACGAUGUACACUCUUCUACUAUGAGUAUAAGUGUGGCCUUCGCGUUAACGUAAAUAAGGGCCGAGUCGGAGGGAUAAAUAAGUGCUGAACGGCGUGGCCGAUUACGCGCAAAACGGACACGCCCCUCCAGGAGUAUUGAAUGGGACGGGGUGUUUCGGCGCCCCGAGCCGUCCACCAAUAGCGAGCUGCACUCUCCGGAUAUUGCAGACACCCAGCGAGUCCGAUCAAAUACACCGCGGCACUUAAACGAUCGACGGCUCUAUUAAAAGUUUAUCGCGUGUCCGACCAAGUAAUAUAAUUUGCACGCACGUCUUCCCGCGGUGUUGUAGUCGCGGUUUAAUAUUAUUUUGGCAAGCAGUUAGUAGUAAAUAUUCAGCCUUAUGAUCGACCUGAUCGCGACCGUAGAUGUUGCAUAGUAAUACACGGGACUAUAUGAAAUUAAUUAAAGACCAAGACGAGAUCAACGGAGGUUUCGGCGUGGCGGGUCUCGGUGAUAACGAUAAUCACUCCGAAAGGCCUGGGACCAUCGGAGAUUUUCGCAGGUUAUCAUCGACACGGCCGUUUGAUUACGGCGAUACAGAAGAUCAACAACCAGCCACCACGGCAGCUACGGCCACCGCCUCGGCCGUGCCGAAAACUUCGGCUGUCGGCACAUCUCUUUUCACCAUAGACAGCAUAUUGGCACCCAACAGAUCAGAUUCCAUGGGACGCGGCAAUGUCACGGCCGCUGCGGCGGCGGCCGCAGCCGCAGGACUUUUUAAGCAGCCCAUCAACUUUGGACAACUGGCAGCCGCUGCUGCCGCUUCCGGUUACGCGCAUUCUAGCGCCGCCAACUUCUUAGUAGCUGCUGCCGGUUAUCAAAGUAUAUAUCCCAGCUACAUGAUGGCGAUGGCUGUGAGUGGAAAUCACGGAUCAACUAACGGUGGUCCACACCACAGUACAGCUUCAAUGUUCAGUGGACCUCCGGCCAAAAGGAAAAGAAGGCACCGGACAAUUUUCACGGAAGAACAGCUCGAACAGUUGGAAGCCACGUUCGAAAAAACACAUUACCCGGACGUUGUGCUCCGAGAACAAUUAGCACUCAAAGUAGAUCUUAAAGAAGAACGAGUGGAGGUCUGGUUUAAAAAUCGUCGUGCUAAGUGGCGAAAACAAAGGCGUGAAGAACAGGACCGAUUAAGAAAAAUGCAACAUCAUUUGGUAGAUCAGCCAGUAGUAUCAAAUGGUUUGGCUGCUGCGGUGGCUGCAGCAGCAGCAAGAAACGGAGAACAUUUGCGCAUGGUACACCAUCACGAAGAAGAAAUGGAAGAUGAUCCUGAUUUGUCUGAUCUAGAAGUAGCUUAAAAUUUAAGUGUACGCGUCUUGAUAAAGAUAAUGGUUGCUCGAGUCUUCUCAAAAGUGUCAAAAAUGGGAGCAUAAGAGACUUAAUCUCCUCUGAAAUAUUUAAAUAGCUACAUAACUAAAAAAAUCCAACCCAGACAGAAUUUGUAUCUAUGCCUUUGGGUCAAUAGAACUCUUAAUACAUAAAAGUUAUUAACACUUCUUUAUUUUUUAAUUCAAUUAAAUUAUAAAACGUACGAAUUGGUAAAACCCAUUUGGACUGAAAAAUUAUAGUUACAUAAAUAAAAUAUUUCUUGAAAAACGAUGUAAACAAAUUAUGUUUUUUUUUUUCAAUAUGCUGUAUACCUUAGUACCUAAAGUCUUUAUUAAGUGAAAAAAAGAUUUGUUUAGUAUAAUAAAAAUAAACGUACUUAUUAGUACCUUUAGUUUGUCUGAAUUUAUAACAGUGUUUUAAA